AUGAGAAAUGCUAUUGAGAGCCUUCAGCUGGAUAGUGGAGAAUGGCUAAGCACUGACGAACAAAUUGAGCAACAUAUUUUGGGGUUUUAUCAAAAACUUUUCUCUUCAGAUGGUGAGGAGGUGGAGUUAUAUGCAAAUAUUAUUGAUCAAAAAUUAAAUGAGGAGCUGAAAUUGGAGCUCAUGAAGGAGUUUUCUAACCAAGAGAUCAUUGAUGCGCUGGAGCAAAUGCACCCAUGGAAAGCAGCAGGACCUGACGGCCUUCUUGCUAGUUUUUACCAGAGAUAUUGGGGGAUUGUUGGGAAAGUGGUGAAGGAAAUGGCACUCUCAGUCCUUAAUGGUGGUGCAAAUUUAGCUAUUGAGAUGUUCCAUUGGUUGGAGCAUAGGAGCGAGCAACAAGAUAGUUUUUUGGCAUUAAAACUUGAUAUGAGUAAAGCAUAUGAUCGUGUUGAAUGGAAGUUUCUUGAAUAUAUGUUACACGCUACUGAUUUUUUUAAGCCGAUGAGAGGAUUGCAUCAGGGCGAUCCUCUCUCGCCUUACCUAUUUAUUUCGUGUACAGAAGGACUUUCGUCACUUAUCCGAAAGAUGGAGAGACAGGGCUUAUGGAGUGGGAUUAAAAUGGGAAGAGAAGGUCCUUCAAUUUCUUAUCUGAUAUUUGUAGAUGAUAGUCUGUUCUUUGCUAAAGCUGAUGAGAGGAGUAUCCAAGCAAUCAUGGAGGUAUUGCAGAUUUAUGGGAAAGCAUCAGGACAAAAGGUGAACUUCAAAAAUCUCGGCUAUAUUGCAAUAGCAACAUGCCUAAAGAAACACAAACAACUUUGUGGUCUGCUAGGAGUACAAGAUGAUGAUGGGAAAGGGGUUUAUUUGGGAUUAUCAUAUAUGUCAGCGUACCAUUUAGCAAGGACCUUGCAGAGGUUGGAAGAAGAUGGGGAGGGGGCAUCAUCCAGCAGUAAUGAGAAGUCUUUCUGGCUUAAAAUUUGGAACUUGAACAUCCCUCCAAAGGAAGUCUGGUCGAGAAUGGGGAUGCUGAAAGCAAUUUGCAAGCCUGCUGCAUCAAACUUUAAGGACUGGUUUGACUGUUUCUUGAAGGUUCAUGGUAAAGAAAUAGCAUAA